AGUGACUACUGAGGAAGAAGAGGACGGACAGGUGACAAUGUGUUUGGCUGAGUCUUGCAUGACUGACACACACAUGACGUUCUGGCUCUGCUAUGCUAACCGUCCAUAAAUUCUUUCCUCUAAGGCUCUAACCUCCUCUCCUCCUUCAUUCUUAACAACAAAAAAUGGUUUCACUUUUUUCUCAACCCUUAGGUUCUUCUUCUCCCUUUAGUAGAAGAAGAUGCACCUUCAAACUCAAACCUUUCACUGUUUUUGCUUCUCAAUCCUUCCCUUCCUUUCUUCCCAAACAAAUUCACACUGUCAAAGACCCUUUUGCUAGAAAAUUCGCAAUGCGGAUUCAGAGACUACCCGUACCUGUUAGCUUUGCUGAAAAUGCUAUCAUGAGCAGUUGUGUGAAGCCAUUAGUAAAGAGUAACGAACCUCCGAUUGUUCUUCUACAUGGUUUCGAUAGUUCAUGUUUAGAAUGGAGAUAUGGAUAUCCAUUGCUUGAAGAAGCUGGUUUUGAGACCUGGGCGGUUGACAUUCUUGGUUGGGGUUUCUCUGAUUUAGAAAACCUUCCUCCUUGUGACGUGGUAUCAAAGCGCAAUCACUUCUAUCAGUUUUGGAAGUCCUACAUCAGAAGGCCAAUGAUAUUGAUUGGACCAAGCCUCGGCUCUGCUGUUGCCAUUGACUUUGCCGUCAAUUAUCCAGAAGCUGUGGAAAAACUUAUUUUGAUUGAUGCUAGUGUAUAUGCAGAGGGAACUGGAAACUUAGCAACCUUACCUAGAUCGGUAGCCUAUGCCGGGGUAUAUUUAUUGAAGAGCCUUCCGUUACGCUUAUAUGCCAACUAUUUGACCUUCACUAACAUGUCCUUAGGCACCAUCCUUGAUGGGACUAAUGUGGGCCGCUUGCAUUGCUUAUUGCCUUGGUGGGAUGAUGCUACUGUCGAUUUUAUGACUAGUGGCGGUUACAAAAUCGCUCCCCUCAUAAGAAAGGUAAAGCAGAAAACACUGAUAAUAUGGGGUGCAAAUGACCGCAUUGUCAGCAAUAAGCUUGCAGUGCAACUACACUGUGAAUUACCUAAUGCAAUUCUACGCCAAAUACCCGACUGUGGGCAUAUUCCUCAUUUGGAAAGACCUGAUUCAACUGUUAAAUUCAUUGUUGAAUUUAUUAAGACAGAGAAAAAGAAAUUAAGUCGAUGUGUUUCACAAGUAAGCCAAGUUAUCAGUUAAGUUUUAGUCAACCUGCAGGUGAUAGAGCUAAAUCCAGUUUCUUUAGAGGAAGAUGUAAACAAUGUAGCUGCAGUAGCAUAAUGAGUUAUAAAGAAAGAUAGAAACAAUGUGUGCUGUAGUAGCUUAAUAUUGUUAAGCCUUUCUCAUGUUAUAUAUUCGUUUACAUAAUAAUUGAUUGUUGAUGUUUUAGUUGGCUGAAAAAUAACAAAUAUUACUAGCUCUUUUCAA